CCGGCUCCUCCGAGCACUUCGAGCGGCUGCACGAGAUCUUCCGGGGGCUGCAGGCGCAGCUGCGGGGCGUCCCGGAGAGACUGCGGCGGAGCGCGGCCGCUGCUGGUGGCCUUGCAGUCUUGGAGGGCACAAAGAGAAGAAGAAACUAAUACGAGAAUUUGAUGAGAAACAACGGGAGGCAAAUGAAACGGCUUGGUGCUUCAGCUGUGAGGCUCCAGGCUCUUGGCUUCAGCCCCCUGGGGUGGCGGGGCUCCAUUUUCAGCCCCUCCAGCCAUAGGGCUCCAGCUCUGGGCUUCAACUGGACUGGCGUUACUGGACACCAUGGUGGUCAAGAGACAAGGAGCAGGCUGCGGGAGAUGGAGGAAGAACUGAAAUAUGCCCCAGUGUCCUUCCGGAACCAAAUGAUGAACAGAAUCCAGACCUACAAGAGAGACCUUGCCAUGUUCCAGAGAGAGAUUAAAAGCACAGAUUUAGGGGUGGGCCCUGGAAGUCGAGGGGACACUAAAUAUGGAAUCUAUUCCAUGGAGAAUGAGCAGAGUACUCGUUUGCAGUCGCAGAGGGGGUUGCUUCUCCAGGGGACAGAGAGCCUGAACCGAGCCACUCAGAGCAUUGACCGUUCACACCGGAUCGCUGCAGAGACGGAUCAGAUAGGUACAGAGAUAAUCGAGGAACUUGGGGACCAGCGAGAGCAAUUGGAACGCACCAAAAGCAGAUUAGUGAACACAAGUGAAAACUUAAGCAAAACCCGUAAGAUCCUGCGUUCCAUGUCGAAAAGAGUUAUGACUAACAAGUUGCUGCUGUCUGUCAUCAUCAUCCUGGAACUAGCCAUCCUAGGAGGUGUGGUCUACUACAAAUUCUUCCGCAAGAGCUGAGCUUGCACAGCCCAGAUGAGUGUUCCCCUUUGUAUCAAGGAUUAUGCAUUGGCAUAGCUCCAGAAGAAGUGGAUGAGAUGUCUAUUCCAGUUGAAAGUCCUCUGGUUGAGCUGUCAGGUACUGACAGCAUUUUCAACUGAAUUACUGUACUGACUCUAGAAAGACAUGGUGGUUAAAGAAAAUACAAAGACUAAAACUGAAGUAAUAGUAAUAGACUAACAAGUAUUUUAUUACUUGUCUAAAUUUAUACUUCUAAUUGACUAAAUGAAUAAAACUUAUACAUCAUACA